CUUAAAUACGGACCGUGCCUGUAAACAACUUUUGAUUUUAACUUAUGACUUGUUUGUUAUUAUUUACGACAAACAAGACCCAUAUACGUAUUAACAAAAAUGGCCGAAUCCGAACCUUCAAGUAGUCGAACAAACAGCUUAAAUACUUCUAGCAGUCACAACGAUGAAAACCACACACAUGUUGAACUGAAAGGAUAUUUGUGGAAAAGAACAAAGUUAUCAAGAAAAUGGAAGAAACAGUGGUUUAUCCUUAGAAAUUCAGAUCUUUUAUAUGGAAACACACCUGAGACAGCAGUAAAGAACAUUCCUCUCUCAAAUGCUGAGAUCUCUGAAACUGACGUCGAUAAAAAAGACCAUGCAUUUAGGAUAAAACCAAAGGACAAUGGGCGUACGUUCUACAUUCAGGCAGAAAACGAAAAUGUACAGAACGACUGGAUGCAGGCGAUCUGCUUUGCCAAGGCAGCCGGUCAUCAUGGGGAUAAUUCACAGGCCUGUACUAUUCAGUGAUAUCAAUACGACAAUACGAGUAUGUCGUUCCAAAGACUGUAGAGCCAAUGAUUAAAAUACUUCCAAGAUUAGACAACCACAGAACUGCCAUGCAUGUAGAGAGAACAAAUGCCAGAGUCAGAGAGGAAGUACAUGUAUACUGAGAUAUAUUUUUGGGGUCAAAAGAUUUACUAUCAUUCUAAAUGUUGUAAUUUGUUUACGUGAUUCUUGGAUUUCUAUGACCUGACACUAUGAUGGGUGGGGUGGGGUGGGGUGGGGUUUUUAUUCUGUACAUGAUAAUAAGUGGAGUGGUUAAUAUUUCUUUUUCUGUUUUUCUUAGUCAAUAUUUUUAUUACGUAGAAGUUAUAUAAAUUAUUAUAAAUGAAACUAUUCCAUGUUACGGUAUAUUCCUCUUAGUCACUUAACAUUUCAGACCAGUUACACUUAUUUAUGAAUCAUCACAUUGGUUUUUUUUUUUAUUGUUAUCCAUAAUUUAAAUUGAUUGUCAUUUUGCUUUACACUGUAACAUACAAUUUUCGAUUGAGUAUUGAUAACCCAGUAGAUGCGGAUGUACCUUUCAAUGCCAAUAUACAUUCAUACAGACAUAAUCAAUUUCAAAUUCAAUUUUGGACUUUUUUUAUUUACUGAUAAUAAUUCCAUAUCAAUUAACAUCAUGAAUAAUUAACAGUUUGAUAUUUUUAAAAAAAUUUAUAGGUUUUCAUUGUUACUAAAAGGGGCAUUAGAUAAAAAAUGUUAUGGCCUUUCUUCUUUGGGUCUUGCUUGAUGGGUGAUAUUUGUUCAUUGUGAUUUUUUUGUCAGCUAAGUGUAUUAUGGAGCAGUUAUCAGAAAUCAAUAGAGGAAAAAUGUAUUUGCAGAUCUGUCCAAUAUCCUAUGUCCAAUAUGAAGUGUCAAACUGAAGUAUUUAAUUUAAUAAUUACAUAAUUUAAGGCAUGUAAAAAGUACAUUUAAAUGUCUGUUGUGUUUCAAUGGUGUCUAUGUUACAUGGGAAUCAAUUUGAUCUUUCUUUUCUUAUUCUAUUCAAACAGUCAAUAUUUUUAACCCAGAAUCUGUAAAUAAGGAGAUAUUUGUACUAGUGAUAUUUAUUUUAUGUGUUUCUUAUUUCACAUGGUGCAUAUACCAAGUAAAAUUUACAUAUUGUAAAUUGUUAGUAUAUACCUAGAUUGGUAAAUGUAGUAUGACUGAGGACAUCCCAUCCUGUUUGUUUUAUCCUAUACUUGUCUGACAUUUGUCUUCUGAGCAGCUACUUUAGAUUUCAAAGAAUCUGGUGAAGGUUUGCAUUUCACCUGCCGAGGGGAUGGUUGCAGCCUAGAUGUGUGAUAGUGAUCGGGACACACCUGUGUAAUAGUGAUUAGCAGGUUAGGACACAUGUGUGAUAGUGAUUAGGACACACCUGUGCGAUAUUGAUUAGAACACAUGUGUGGUGAUAAUUUUCGGGGCCUACUAACCUAGUAUCUAGACUUACUAACUUGGUGUUUUAUUAAUUUAUUUGUUAGUAUUGAAAAUGGGUGACCCUAUAACCUGCCUACCAAGUUUCUUCUUAGACAGCUUUCUGAAGAGAAUGGUUGAGCUCAUAGGCACUAAUUUCUUUCUAAGUUCACCCUUUAAUAGUAUAAAUUACAUUGUAUUACAAAUGUAUUAUUCUAUAGGGUAAACUUUGAUUACUUUUAUUACAGAAACAAGUGUCUGUGUUUGAGCUUUAGAAAUUAACUACCAUGUGUUUAAAUAUAUCUGUAUACCACCUGAUAUUUUUACCUCAGGUGCCUAGAUGAUGAUUUGUAUUAACUUAUUUGAAAUUAAGGCAGUAUCUAGGAUCUGUCUAUCUUAAAAUGGGUCUGUCAGUGUAGGUAGGUUACAUUUGGGGCCAAUGACCUUGGUGUCUAUGGGAUACUUGCAGGUCCGCUCGCCUGAUUCUAGGCAAGAGUGUACUGAUAGCAUUUUGGGUCAAUCUACCGGUAUCUUGGUUGUGGUAUGAGUUUAAUUUCAUGGUAUCUUGUGACACUUGAGGAAAAUUGUAUGGUGAUUGUUGUCAACUUGCUCAAUAUCUAGGUCAAGUUUGGGUGGGGUUCAAUUUUCAAAGACAAUUGUUGGGGUUUACUUUUUCAUUUCUGUUUUGAUGGAGUAGAAUUUUGCAAGAAAUGCAAUACUGUAGAAGCACAUUUUUCAUUGGGCCAAAAUUUGGUUGUUUAAAAACCAAAUAAAAUUUCGUUGACAUUUAAUUUCGCCAUAUUAUAUUUUCUUUGCAACCAUUAAUACCUGGGUGAAAAAAUUCGUGAUGGAUUUAAUUUUCAUGAUUUAAACUGCCAACAAAUAAAAUGAAAUUAAAUCCUCAACAAAUAUUUCCGCUUCUACAGUAUAUUGCAUAGAUUGAGGAAACCCAUUUUUAUAAAAUAUAAUUUUAUGAGAGAAUUUUUCAAUUUAGCCUAUUAAAAUUGUGUAAAGAUGCCUGUAAUUAGUACAAGCUACAUAAUGCUUUUUAUAAAAUUAUUUAAAUGAUGUUGUUAAAUAAGCAGAUUGUCAAUAGGGAAUAUUCGGUUUUGUAAGGCCACAAUUCUUUGUUCCAUGCUCAUUUUUAUGCUAUACUUUGUAUGUGAUAUUUCUUUAAAAAAACACAAACGUUCCACUGCAGUGCUUUUUGAAUAUUUAAAGUGGCUAAACUUUUGUUCUGUUAACAAAAAAGAGAGAGAAAACUAAGAACAAACUGCGCAAUUGUUUUUUGUUACAUUGUUGUUUUGUUGUUGUAUCCAGUAUUGACCAUUAAGCAGAGUUGCUCCCCUUGAAUUGCGCACAAAGAUGUCGAAAUAUAUUGGACAGAUAUUUACAUGUUCUUGUUUCAUAUAAAAUGUGUUUUUGAGAGAAAAGGUAUUACUGAACAGUCCAUUCUCUGUCGUCCUCCAUUCAUCAUACUUUUUUUUUCUAUGUUUGACAAUGGUAAAAUUGAUGUUACGGUAAAUUUGUCUUACUCUAUAUCUGACCAUUGAAAUGCAUUAUUUUCAAGACUUCUCUCUAGAAUAUUACCGGUAAGGGUGUCACUGGAACUAUUUUUGAAUUGGAGCUUACUUAUGAUGCCUUAGUACAUGUAUUCUGGGAAGUGACUGAAACUUUGGGGCACUAUUUUACAAGGAAGCAUUUAUUUUCUGGUUAAUCUACAAGCUACACACAAGUGAAAGCUGUGAUAUAUUUUUGUUUAUAUUUUUCACAUUUUAAAUAGAUUUUAUCAGUUAACAUGUUAUUGGAUUAUUAUUGUUGUGAAUGAUUAUAUUGAUCACUGUUUUCAUCCUGUAUGCCCAUCAGUUUUCUAUUUAAAUAAACAAAGAAGAGAUAUGCAGGAGUUCUGUUUUACUUUUGCUUACCAGUGUGUUGUAAUAUUUUCAUUACCUUCACUGAUAUCGUAUAAAAUGUAUUUUUUAUUUGAAUGGAUGAAUUUUUUCACCACCUUCUGAUACAUUUAAAACUUAGAGUGUAAUGAAACAAACAAUGUCCACCAUGCAUUUCAGUUACUUUUAUUUGCAAUUGUUCACUGCAAGAUGCAUCUAUCCAUAAAUAGGGAUUUGUAAUCCUACAAAGAGUAUUAAGGUGGAAUAACACAUCAUCCCAAAAUGGCUGACUUCUGAUUGAAACAACAAAUAAUGUAACUUACUCCAUAGCUGAGUGGAUAAAGUGUCGGGCUUGUGAUCCGUACAUCCCAAGUUCGAAUCCUGCAUGGUCUUUUGUUGUUACUUAGUGAACUGCAUUUUUUAGAUAUUCAUUUUUUAUCCCCAAAUGACAAAUGUUUUGCUUAUUUGACAUAUGUGUAGUUUAUUUAUCAUAUCUUUAAUUAUAAUUAAAUAAUGAACAAUUAAUUUCAGUGACCUUUUCCAGGUGUGUUAUUCAACCUUAAAUACUGUGGCUUCAUCAUAUAUUUUGUUUGUUGAACAUCAGUUUUAGUUGGUUUUUUCUUUUUCCAUUUCCCAAACCAAUAAUUAAAAUAAUAGACCCAAUUUUUUGGAUGGGACAAAUUUCAUCAGAGUUUAUGUUUCUUUGAAUGAGAGGAUUUUAUUUAACCUCCAACAAUUAAUUAAUGCAACCCCAGUAUAGUGUACGAUAAAUGUACAAACAAAAAUAUCCUUUGGAAAUUUUAAAAUGGUCAAAUUUAAAAAAAAAAUGUUUUCACUGGAGUUAUGCACUAAGGUCCAAUUUUAAAAGGAGCAGAAGUAUUUUUAUGACGUUUGGAUUAAGUUAGUAACGCAGCGAAUUUAUCCUCCAGCUAUGGGUUGACUACCACUAGUACUACAUGCAUUAUCAAAUUGUGUACAAAUAUAACAUACCCAGAAGUUUAUAAGUAGAGUGGGCUUUAUGAACACCAAUUACACCUGGACAUAUAACAUUACCACUGUCUGUCUGCAUGUAAGAAAAGUACAUAGAAAAGGAAAGGGAAAGUUCAGGUGGGGCCUGCCUACAAGUCCAUUUAUAAGAUUCACUAAUCCAGAAACCCAUUAGUCCAAAGGUUUACUAGUCAGAAGGCCCAAGAGGAUGGAGGUUCACUCGUUCAUUGAGUAUGGAGUAUAUGUCCUAUGGUCUACCAAUUAUAGUCUUAGGGUUCAUUAGCAUUUAGUAAGCAUUAGUAUUAGUGUACCUACCAACUACCAGUAAUAGACCAUGAUCAUUCAGGAGAAAGAGAAACAAAAAAAAAUUGUAUUUUUUUUUAAUAGAAAUGACAGGAUUUUAAAAUUCAGACAUAAAUCUUGAAAUAUAUAUUUAUCCCCAAAAUCACUCAAUGGUAGGAAGUAUUUUUUAUUAAAGAAGUGACAAAGCAUGCUCAACUAGGAUGUGAAUUGUACAUAACAUCUGUAGCUCAUCUAUCAUACCUGUGUUUUUACUUUAUUAGUGACACAUAAUACAAGUAGAUUGCACACUCUUGAUGAUCAGCUAACAAUUAAAUGAACGGAAUAUAUUUCACAAUGAUGGCAAAUGAUCAGAGAAUAAAAUAUCACAUAAGAUACAUGUUUCAUCUUCCCAAGUCAAGAGUUUCUGAUCUGCUCCGCUUCUGUGAGAAGUGGACUGGAUCAGAAACCCUCAACUUGGCCAGAUGAUAAAAUAUGUAUUGGUACAUGUACAAUGUACUAACAAAUUCUCAUUAUAUGCAUCCACACUAUAUUAGCUUGAGUUUAUAGUCUUUUGUGACUUUAAAUGAAAUUUGAUGGACUUGCAUGUUGUGCAAUUAUAUUACUGUAUGUAACAGCUUAAUUUCCAGGGAUGUAAUUUCAGAGUGUAUCCAUAGGAUGCAAACUCAUGAUUUCAAUCACAUUGAAUGGAUGUUAGCUUUCUACAAAACAGCAUAUUCAAUUGUCUUGGUUCUGUGGAAUAAUGAUCAUCACUUAAAUCCAAUGACUUAAUUAUGAAACUAGAACCAUUUUAACAAGGCCUUGGACUUUUAGUAAGACGUAAUUAUCUAUUUGUUUCAUCAAAACAAGUUGAAAAUGAUGCUGGUUUCAAGCGAAAUAUACACCGAUUGCGUAGUUUUAGCUUGAAAGCCAGACAAAUCUUGUUGAUUUCAAAGAGCCAUUACUGAGUGACCAGCAAUGAAAUAGACAGGCCUAAGUCACAAUGCUGUUUGACACAUCUACCCAAAGUCCAAGCUCUUGUUAAAAUGGUUCUAGAUCAAGCAACAUUAUGUAGUCUAGAAUAAUGUUGCAUGGAAUGGAACUUAAAGUACAUGUAUGUUUUCUCUCUGAUUGCAUUAACUGACAUUAACUAUUCUUAAAAUUAAAUUAAAU